CGGAUCUCCCUCCGGCAUUGGGGCCUAGUCUGAGCACAAAGGUGCUCCCUUUUUUUAUCCCUUUCCUCGCGCGAGGGGAAUUGAAGAUAAGGAGGAGUGAUCGGAUAUCGACGGGAUUAGAGUCCUCCGGCCGGUAUCUGACCAAAAUCUUCGGCGAGAAAGGAGCAGUCGACCAUGAAGGCACUCAUUCUUGUUGGAGGUUUUGGUACCCGCCUACGGCCUUUGACACUUAGUGUCCCAAAGCCUCUAGUUGAUUUUGCCAACAAACCCAUGAUUCUGCAUCAGAUCGAAGCUUUGAAAGAGGUUGGAGUGACAGAAGUUAUCCUGGCCAUCAAUUAUCAGCCAGAGGUGAUGCUUAACUUUUUAAAGGAUUUUGAGAGCAAGCUUGAUAUCAAAAUCACCUGCUCCCAAGAGACAGAGCCACUAGGAACAGCUGGUCCCCUGGCUCUAGCUAGAGACAAGCUAAUAGACAGUUCCGGUGAACCCUUCUUUGUCCUCAACAGUGAUGUCAUCAAUGAAUAUCCAUUUGCUGAACUGAUUCAGUUCCACAAAGCGCACGGAGGAGAUGCUACAAUUAUGGUAACGAAGGUCGAUGAGCCAUCCAAGUAUGGUGUUGUGGUUAUGGAGGAGGAAACUGGAAGGGUAGAUAGAUUUGUAGAGAAGCCAAAAAUAUUUGUGGGCAACAAAAUCAAUGCUGGGAUCUACUUGUUGAACCCAUCUGUGUUAGACCGCAUUGAACUGAAGCCCACCUCAAUCGAGAAAGAAGUUUUCCCCAAAAUUGCAGCAGAUCAAAAGCUCUAUGCCAUGGUCCUGCCUGGUUUCUGGAUGGAUAUAGGACAGCCAAGGGACUACAUCACAGGCCUGAGGCUCUAUCUGGAUUCCCUUCGCAAGAAAUCGCCCUAUAAGUUGGCUGCUGGCCGACACAUUGUGGGAAAUGUUUUGGUGCAUGAGAGUGCUGUGAUUGGAGAGGGAUGUCUGAUUGGGCCUGAUGUUGCAAUUGGACCAGGGUGCAUCGUGGAGUCCGGAGUAAGGCUGUCAAGAUGCACGGUGAUGCGAGGAGUUCGGAUUAAGAAACAUGCAUGCAUCUCUGGUAGCAUCAUUGGGUGGCACUCCACCGUUGGACAGUGGGCACGGGUUGAAAACAUGACUAUCCUUGGGGAGGAUGUGCAUGUGUGCGAUGAGAUAUACAGCAAUGGAGGUGUUGUGCUCCCUCACAAAGAGAUCAAGUCUAGCAUCCUAAAGCCCGAGAUUGUCAUGUGAACAUGGAAAGUUGAAGUGGUUUAGGUUCCAAUAUCAGAGCUAUAUUUGUGUCAUGUGCCUGUUAUUUUUCUUAAUGCUUCUGUCUCUCGCUGCAAGUUUAUGGGUAGUUUUUUGUCUGUCUGUUUAUAUGUAUGUUCUAUUCUAGUGCUGGCCUCAUGAUGGUAAGUUUGUCAUCUGAGUCUGUAGGUCCAUGUUUCUCCAUUGAACAUGGAAAGUUAAAGACUUUUAUUUUGUGAUAAAAAUUUACGGAUGAAUAUUGUUUCAUUUAUUUUUCUUUU